AUGUCUGAUAGCGAGGAUAGCACAUCUACAGGUGGCGGAGAACAAGUGAUUGAAGACGUUUCUGACGAAAGCCAUGAUCCAACAUCAAACAACGACGAUAACAUCAUGCAAGAUGAUGAGGAAUCAGAACCCGAAAUCUCAUCAAAACCAACACGUAAUACAACAACACGUACAACACGAGGGUCAUCACGAGCGAAUUACAAAGAAUCAAGUUCAGACGAAGAAGAGAAUGAAAACCAAGACACUAUCGAAGACGAUGAAGAAAUCAUUUCGACAACCACGACACCCGUUCGUUCUCGAAGGUCAAGAGCUGAACCAAAGAAUUACAACGUUGAUGAUGCUUUCAAACAAUUAGAAUCCGUGGUGGAUGACGAGGAGCCAGAAGAAUCAGAUAUACCGAAGAGGGCACGAAGAUUUAGACGAAAUCCUUCAUCAUCAUCAGCCUCCUCAUCUACUACUGGCACAACCACAGGACGAGUCGUACGGAGAGGAGCCAACAACAAAUCUGCAGGUAUUGGCGCUGGAGAUUAUGAGAUCCCUAAGCGAGGUCUCAGAGAACGAUCCAAAAAGGUCAACUAUGCAGAGAACGAUGAAGAAGAAGCUAUGGAGGAUGAAGAACAAACCAUCCAAGAUACCGCCACUCAAGAAGAAGGCUCCGAAAGUCAAAUGGUCGUUGACGACGAGGAGGAAAUUGUUCCAGUCAAAAGCAAAAGAACCGUUUCACGUACAGUUAAACGUGGUGGUGGAGGAGGAAACACGACCAAGACCCGAGCACGCACAGCGAGAGCCAAAAAGCCAGCACAACGAAAGAGAGUAGUCGACUCUGAUGACGACGACGAAGAGGAUGUUGAUGACAAUCUCACCAGCAGUGAAAGUUCCGAUGAUGAUACCUCGGAAGACAACGAAGAAGAUCAUGCAGAGAAUGAGAUUGAUGAAGGUCCAACUAUUGUAUUGGAUGAAGACAAGGAUGAUGUCAUUGAGGCCAUCCUCGCAUGUCGAGAACGCAAGCAAGAGGAAGAAGGUUUGGAUGAUGACGAUGAGAAUGCAUCUGACGAACAGAAUGGAGCAUCUUCUUCCGACGGAAAGAAAUCAACAUCUAAAGGAGAAGUUGUGAUUGAAUACUUGUGUAAAUAUAAGAAAAAGUCCUACUUACAUUGUGAGUGGAUUCCUAGGUCGGAAUUGGAUGAGGACAUUCAAACCAGGAACAAACUCAACCGAUUCCACAAACAAUACGAUGUUAAAUACUUUGAGGGAUUGGAAGAAUAUUUCAAUCCGGAAUUUGUAGAAGUUGAACGCAUCAUUGAUCGAGGUAUUUGGGAUGGCUCCGAGGUGUAUCUUGUGAAAUGGAAGGGUCUCUCAUAUGCCGAAGCAACAUGGGAAUUUGAAGAAAAGAUUGAGGAUAAGGAUAAGAUUGAGCAAUAUAAGAAAUUUAACAAGAUACCACCAGCCAAUGAACGAAGAAUUCCAUCUAGGCCAGCUCCAAACAAAUUCAAAAAGAUGGAAGAGUCACCCUCAUUUAAGGAUGGCAAUCAACUCAGAGAGUAUCAAUUGGAGGGUUUGAAUUGGCUAGUUUUUUGUUGGUAUCAACGAAGAAGUUCAAUUCUUGCAGACGAAAUGGGUCUCGGUAAAACAGUACAAACAGUUGCCACUCUCGAAUACUUGCGUGCCUUUGAAAACAUCCGAGGUCCUUUCUUGAUUGUAGCUCCAUUAUCUACCGUUGAACAUUGGAGAAGAGAGUUCGAAAAUUGGACUGACAUGAAUGUCAUUGUCUUCCAUGGCAAUGUUGAUGCAAGAAAUAUGAUCAAGAAUCAUGAAUUCUUUUAUAAGGAUCCAAAGACUGGAAAGCAUGUCCAUCAAAAGCUUUACAAAUUCAAUACACUCAUUACCACAUAUGAAAUUGUCAUGGCUGAAUCAUCCUUCCUUUCAAAGAUACCAUGGCAAUACCUUGUAGUGGAUGAGGGUCAUCGUCUCAAGAAUCACACCUCUAAACUCACUCAAGUGUUAAAAACGUUCUCAGCAGGUCACAAAUUACUGCUCACAGGUACACCCAUUCAAAAUAACUUGACUGAAUUGUUCUCUCUACUCCAAUUUCUUGACCCUGAUACAUUUUAUGAUUUGGACGAGUUUUCCGAAAUGUACGGAGACUUGCAAGGUGAAGGUGGCUCAGAACGAGUGGAAGAGCUACACAAGUUAAUCUCACCCUACAUUUUGAGAAGAUUGAAGGAGGACGUUGAAAAGAGUAUUCCUCCCAAGGAAGAAAUUGUAGUCGAAGUUGUUCCUACUUCCAUUCAAAAAGCAUACGAGCAAGCAAUUUUCAAACGAAACAGAGAGUUCCUAAUGAGAGGAGUCAGUAAGGCUCAAAACAUUCCAAAGCUUACCAAUGUUUUGAUGGAAUUGAGAAAGGUUUGCAACCAUCCAUUUUUGGUGAGUGGAGCAGAAGAGAAUAUCACUAGAGGAAUGUCCGAUACAGAAAUUAACGAAGCUCUCAUCAAAUCAUGCAGUAAAAUGAUUCUAGUGGACAAACUGCUGAAGAAACUCAGAGAAGGAGGACACAAGGUUCUCAUUUUCAGUCAAAUGGUACUCGUGCUGAACAUUUUAGAAGAUUACUUGAGAUACAGAGGCUACACCUACGUUCGAUUGGAUGGUACCAUCAAGGGAUCUAUUCGUCAACAAGCUAUCGAUCGAUUCAAUGACCCCAAUAUUGAUACAUUUGUAUUCUUGGUCUCUACCAAAGCUGGUGGUGUAGGUAUUAACUUGACCUCUGCAGAUACAGUCAUUAUUUAUGACAGCGAUUGGAAUCCUCAAAAUGACCUUCAGGCCCAGGCCAGAUGUCACCGUAUUGGACAAACAAAAGAAGUCAAAGUAUACCGAUUACUCACCAAAAACACAAAAGAGAAGGAAAUCUUUGAGCGUGCCUCCAUGAAGUUGGGUCUCGAUCGUGCCGUUCUCUCCUCGAACAAUGAGUUUGUGCAAUCGUCUUCAAAGGGUAGCACACAAAACAAACCUGCCCUUGAAAAGGAAGAAUUGGAACUUUUACUCAGACAUGGAGCUUACUCUGCUUUCAAAAUUGAUGAUACAGAAGAACAGAAAAUGUUGAUGGAUGAAGAUAUUGAUACAAUUAUGGCUCGAACAGCAACAGUCGUGAGAUAUGACCAAGCCUCUCAAGGAGGUAGUGAAAAUGCUGGUGCUCUUUCUAGUUUCUCAAAAGCAACAUUCUGCUUCUCUGAAGAUAUGCAAUGGGAGAACUUGUUGCCACGUGAGAAAACUGCCACAGGUCUAAUGAAGCUACUCAGUGAAGACUCAUCACUCGAGACAGACAAACAAAAGGAAGAUUACAUGAACGAUGUAAAAGCUUUGGUAGAUGCCAAAAUUAACGAAAUUGAAAAAUUCCGCUAUCAUCCUGAUGACGAACUCGCUACUCUUCUCACUCAAAUGAUGUAUGCUAGAUUAUUGGAUGCAGAGCACAAGGAGAAGGCAAAGGAGUGGUUAGCAAUUUUGGAACAGCCACGACUUCGAAACGGUUCAUCUAGAGACGAAGCCACUGAAGUUUCUGAUACUGAAGAUACCAAAGAAUCCACCAAGAAAAAGACAGGCGGUUGGUACAAGGCUGAAAGACAACGAUUCCAAAAGACACUUUUGGAAAUUGGAUGGGGUAAAUGGGCCAGAAUUCGUGAAAGCAAACUCCACAAUCAUUCCAUUGAGGAUAUUCACUCUCUUGGAGAAUGUUUUAUUUCACAAUUGGCAACUCUUAUUGAGGGUGAAAAGGAAGUAGAGUUUUUGAAAAUGCUUAUCGACUCGGCUGCUGUUCCAGAGGAAACAUCAGAGAAUACUGAUCAGUCUCUCAAGAUUGAUUUCAAGUCGAAGCCGAUUCGAGCAGCUGACCAUAUCAAGAUUCAUUUACCUCAUGAUGAGGAUUUAUCAACUGCAAGCCUCGAAAUUAUCAAAGUCGCACAACACGAACAUUCAGAAGAUACAAAGCAAGCAAGAGUUUCCAAGAAAAAGAAGUCCAAAUCUCAAGCCAGCUCUUCCAAGAGUUCCAAGAGCGACAAGAAUAUGUGUGUACGUUUCUAUGAGCUCACUGAAAAGGAUAAGGAAAAGCGAACUUGUGAUUUGGCUGCACCUGGUUGUAGCGGUGAAUACUUUGUGAGAUUGAAUCUUGCAACUGGCUCAAAAACUUCUCCUAGUUUUAAUGUGAAUGGUGUACAUCCAGUACUUGAGGACAAGGAAUGGAUCGAGCAAGCCAAAAGAGGAGGCAAAACUUGGGUUAAAAAACUGAAAUUCAACUUGUGCUUGACCAAGAUUUUGGAAGCCUACAAUGGUAAACUCACCACCGAUAACAUUCCAAAGGUAAAUUUGAAACCUCCAACAGAUUGGUGGGAUAAAGAGUGUGACAGAGAUUUGAUGCUUGGAUUUGAAAUUCAUGGCUACGGACGAUUAGAACAAAUCAAGGAGGAUACUUCACUUUGCUUUAAGCAAAAGCAUGAUGACCAUGUUGCAAAAGCAAAGAGUAGAAAAGAGAAGAAGGAUGCCGAUUCUUGGCCAUCCAUUGCAGCGAUCAACAAGAGAGCCAACAAGCUCAUGGAACUUCUCACGAAGGAGAAGGAUAUUUCAGCUCUUUCCAUCCUCAAAUCGGGUGAUGACACAGAUGAAUUACAUUUCGAGGAUGAAGCUGAAAUUGCUGAACCCAAGUCUAUUGUAGAGUCAUGGAGCAAGAGAGAGAAGGCAGAUAUUCAACGUGUAUUGAUGAAUCACGGUUUAUGUCCCAACGAAAGUACACACGAGCCAAAUUUUGCUAAAAUUAUCUCGCUGGCUAAUCUGCGAAAAACAGAGAGCGCAGUCAAGUCCUAUGUUUCUCAUUUUAUCAAGUCUGCAAAGGCCAUUACGAAUGCUAGCUCUGGCGACGAUGAGGACGAAUCCGAUGCUGAAUCGAAGAAGAAGUCAUCAUCUUCGAACGAAAAGCUCACAGAGAUACCUCCACAAACAGCCAAGAAAGUCUUGACUAGAAUUGAACUCAUGAAUGGAUUGUAUACCCAUGUUUACCCACAUUGGGAUGAAUGUAAAACCAAAUUCAGCUAUCUCAAAUCAUCUGGUUUACCAAAGUGGUGGAAAUCCGGACAACACGAUAAGGAACUCGUCAGAGGAAUUAAGAAGCAUGGCUUUGACUUUAAGAAGAUCUUUGAAGAUAAGAAUUUCAAGUUUGGCUCCAAAGAGCCUCCAAGAGACGGUCUUGUUAUUGGAAGAAUUGAAGAAAUUGUUCAAUUAAGCAGAAAAAUUGGUGUUGUGGGCUCACCAACCAAAUCCAAGGGGUGGAAUUUCACACCAAAGAAGACUCAUGUCACUCUCAAAUCUCCUCCAUUGGCAGAAAAGAAGGCUUCCUCGAGUAGCAGCAGCAGUGGCAGCAAACGAAAGGUCAAACGUCAAACAACACUUGACUUUAAGCCAGCUGAAAAUCCAGAAGAUCCAAUUGAGGAGACCAGCGACCACGACGAAGAAAUGAAGGACGAAGGUACAACUACCUCCUCCGCUUCUACUGCUCAUGUUAAGGAUGCAACAGACCAUUCGUCCACCACCUCUUCUUCAACGAAAGAAGAGUCCUCUUCGAGCAAAGAGACCACCAAAGAGUCCUCCUCCUCUCACAAAACAACACCAACCAAAGAAUCAGCAACGUCAUCCUCUUCAUCGUCACAACAAGAAACUUCGAAUACAGCACUUGCCACAGAAGAAGAAGACGUCCUGAAGAAGAAGAUCCCAAAGAAGCCAGCCAAACAAAAGGAAGAACGAUCUCCUUCACUCAAACGAAAGAAGGACGAUUUUGGCAGCAAUUCUCACAGCAAUGCAUACGGAGACUCUGACGAAGAUUAUCAUACCCCAAGAAAAGGAGAAUAUGAACCCAAUGACAAGAAACGAAAGACCUCAUCACCUGCGCCUUCAGAACACGAUUCUCGAGGCAAGUAUUAUGGAAGUGGUAGCAGCAGUAACCACGGUAGAGACAGUCGAGACUCGAGGGAUUAUGGCAGAGACAGCUAUGGCAGAGAUUCUCGAGAUCAUUACAAUCAUUCACCAAGUCAUCACCACAGAGACCGUGAUGAUAGAAGGGACCGAGAUUCGAGAAGAGACAGCGGUUCAUAUCGUGACAGCAGAGAUUACAGAGAUUCCAGUCACAACAGCCAUAGAGGAAGUAGUAGUCGUGACCACCGAUAA